GUACGGUCAGUUUAGGGACUUUAUUAAGAGGGGAAAGGUGUACGCGGUAUCCCUCCGUCCCGCGCCUGACACCCCCGCGGGGGCGAUGCGGGGGCGGUGCUCGCAGGGCCCUAUGGCCGCUGCCCGGCGCGGGGGCCGCUUCCCCCUCAGCGAGCCUGCCGGCUUUAAGGGCGGCGCGGCGCGGCCGGCCCCUCACCGCCGCCAGCUCUCCAGAGCCCGUGCUGCCGUGCUCGGCCUGGGCGGCCCGCGGCGGCGCACCGGGGACACCCAUGCGGCCCUAGGCUGCUCGCCGGCCGCAGCAUGCCGGUCCCUCUGCGCCUGGUUCUGUGGUCGUUCUGGCUCUGCAGCCUCUGCCGCGGGUACUUCGAGGGGCCGCUGUACCCCGAGAUGUCCAACGGGAGCCUGCACCACUACUUCGUUCCCGAUGGGGACUACGAGGAGAACGACGACCCCGAGCGGUGCCAGCUGCUGUUCCGGGUGAGCGAGCAGCGGCGGUGCGGCGCGGCGGCGGGCGGCGGGCUCAGCCUGCGAGAGGAGCUGACGGUGUUGGGGCGGCAGGUGGAGGACGCGGGCCGUGUGCUGGAAGGCAUCGGCAGGAGCAUCUCCUAUGACCUGGACGGGGAGGAGAGCUACGGUGCCUAUCUGCGCCGCGAGUCCGCCCAGAUCAGCGACGCCUACUCCAGCUCGGACCGCUCGCUGAGCGAGCUGGAGGGCAAAUUCCGCCAGGGGCAGGAGCAAGGUGGCCGGGAGGAGUUCCGUCUGGGCGACAGCUUCCUGGGGCUGCUGCUGCACGCCCGCGCCCUGCUCCGCGAGACCCGCCACGUCUCCAGCGGGCUGCGCGACAAGUACGACCUGCUGGCGCUCACCGUGCGCAGCCACGGCGCCCGCCUCAGCCGCCUCAAGAAUGAUUAUCUCCGCGCCUGAGACGGGACCCCUGCCCGGGCUCCGGCCGGAGCCCCCGCCCCUGCCGAACCCGGACUCCCCACCAGCUUCAAGAGAGACCCCCAGCCCUAUCCCGCCUGUCCCCCGGAAGGCACAGUACCAGCGUCUGCCUGGA